AUGGUUCGGGGAAAGGGUUGCGCGCUGUUCGACGCGAGCGGGAAGGAGUUUUUAGAUUUCACGAGCGGGAUCGCGGUGAAUUGCCUCGGACACGCGGAUGAAGGCGUGGCGCGAGUGAUCGCCGAACAAGCGCGCACGCUGACGCACACGUCGAACUUGUAUCACACCGAACCGGGGGCGACGCUCGCGAGAAAGCUCACGGCGACGUCGUUCGCCGACAGAGUCUUCUUUUGCAACUCGGGAACGGAGGCGAACGAGGGGGCGUUGAAAUUCGCGAGAAAGUACGCCAAAACGCGCGCGCAGGCGCUGGGGAAAAACGCCGGCGACGCGGCGUGGGAGACGGUGAGUUUUGAAAACGGUUUUCACGGCCGAACGUUCGGCGCGCUUUCGCUGACGUGGAAGGAGGGCUACCGCGCGCCGUUCGCCCCGGGACUUCCGGGGAACACGUUCACGCCGUACGGUGACUUGGAAAAAGCGCGUCAAGUGAUCGUCAAAGGUCGCACGUGCGCCGUGUUCGUCGAGCCGGUGCAAGGCGAAGGUGGCAUUUACCCCGCCGACGCCGAGUUCUUGCGAGGCUUGCGAGCGAUUUGCGACGAAGCCGACGCCUUGCUCGUGUACGACGAGGUGCAGUGCGGCUUGGGACGAACGGGUAAACUCUGGGGCCAUCAACUUAUUAAAGACGCCGAGCCGGAUAUGAUGUCGGUGGCGAAACCGCUGGCGAACGGCUUGCCCAUCGGCGCCGUGCUGAUGAAAGAAAAAGUCGCCGCCGUCAUGGCCGCGGGCGACCACGGAUCGACGUUCGCGGGCGGGCCUUUGGUGUGCGCCGUGGCGAACGAGGUCUUCGACCGGGUGAGUGAUCCCGCCUUCUUAGCCAACGUCACCGAACGCGGGAACGAGUUGAAGUCGUCGCUCACCGAAAAGCUCGCCGGUCACCCGCGUCUUCGCGAGGUUCGCGGCGCGGGCUUGCUCGUCGGCGUGCAAUUCGACUGCCCCACCGCCCCGCUCGUCGCGGCGUGUCGCGCGCGCGGUCUGUUGACCAUCACCGCUGGUAAGGGUGACAUCUUGCGUCUCGUCCCUCCGCUCAUCGUCUCGAGCGCGCAGGUGCAAAAGGCCACCGACAUCGUCAAGGAGUGCGCGUUCGAAGCCUUGCGGUGA